AUGCAGACAUAUUCACUGACGGACACAAAGUGUUACCAGACCCAGCAAUAUCACACUGCCCCACUAGAGAGUGUGGCUCUGAGACAAAAGAGCAUUUGUGUGUGUGUGUUUGUUGUGGGACGCAGGUGCUAUGGCCUGGGCUGGGGUGUGGUUGUGUGUGUUCGUCCGAUCCUUGGGGUGCCCCUCCAGCACCGUGGCUGGCUGCGUCUAUGGGAGGAGGGCGAGGGCUGUGGGGAGUGUGAGAGGGAGCACUGCCCUCUGGCGCACUCUAAUUGCCCAGCAGGGCGAGUGCAGGACAGCUGCUGUUGCUGUGAGCAUUGUGGCAACGUGGAGGGGCAGCAGUGUGACCCGGAUGGGGCGCAGGAGUUCUAUGGGCGCUGUGGAGAGGGGUUGGUCUGCCAGAGGAGAACCAGGAGAGGACAGAGGGGGAGGGGCUUUGGGAGGGGAGAACCAGAACCUAAGUGUGUGUGUGAGGCACAUGGCUCCGUGUGUGGCUCUGGUGGAUGUACCUACCCCAACCUGUGUCAGCUGAGAGGGGCAGCCAGCCAGAAAGGGACCACUCUGAGGCUCACUGGACAGGGACCAUGCUACUCUGAGCCCCCAGAGACCUGUCCAACUACACUGGGAACAACAUCGUGUUUGGCCUCUGCCUUUCCUCUGCCCAACCUGAGCGGGAGGAAGAAGGGCAGUGACAACUUCCUGCCAGGGGACGAUCCACACAUCUCUGUUCAGUGUCUGGUCCUAUAUAUACUGUACCCAGACUCCACCCUCCCUCUCCUCCUCCCAGGCGGUCCCCAGAGGUACACAGUCUCUACCUGGCUGCAGAUACAGAAUCUCCACCUCUCAGACGCAGGGAUCUACUCCUGCAUCUCCCACAAUGCCCUGGGGGAGACAUCUGUGUCCGCCCAUCUUACAGUGCUCAGACAGGAGUUGAGGGUUCUGAAAGGCCGUCUGGAUGUAGAGGAGGAUGAGGAGUAUUACUAUAACGAUACUGAGGAAGGCAGCGAUGACAGGCAGCCAGAGUCUGGAGACUAA